AUGGCUAGGCAAAGCGAGGAGCCGGCGAAAACGGGCGAUGGGGACGUUGCGCUCGCCGAGGCCAUCCAGCACGAGCACGAUUUGUCCUUUUGGCAGGCAGCGAAACUGUACCCGAAAGCUGUCGGGUGGUCGGCGUACGUCUCGAUAGGUGUCAUUAUGCUUGCUUUCGACCCGCAAAUUGUCGGGAACAUGUUCGCGAUGCCGCAGUUCCAAAAGGAUUUUGGGUAUGAGCUUGACGGCGAGUAUGUCAUCACGGCGGCGUGGCAGACGGGCUUGUCGCUCGGGAACCCGAUCGGUCAGGUCGUCGGCGCGCUGUUCUCCGCCUACCCGCUCGAGCUGUUCGGGCGCAAGUGGACCUUCUUCGGCUGCAUCCUGCUGACGGCCUGUCUGGUCUUCAUCCAAUUCUUCGCGCGGUCGCUCCAGGCCUUGCUCGUCGGCGAGCUGAUCGGGGGGCUGGUCCUCGGCUGCUUCGUUGUUAUUGGCCCUACGUAUGCGUCUGAGGUGUGCCCUAUGGCGCUGCGCGGCUACUUGACGAGCUACACCAACCUGUGCUUCGUCACUGGCCAGCUUCUCGGAAACGGUGUUACGGCUGGGACCGCGCAGCUGGAGAAUCACUGGGCGUAUAGUAUCCCGUUCGCGCUGCAGUGGUUCUGGGUCGUCAUUAUUAUCCCCGGCAUAUUCUUCAUCCCGGAAUCGCCUUGGUGGCUGGUGCGCAAGGGCAGGAUUGAAGAUGCGCGGGACGCUUUGCGCCGGCUGUCGUCUUCCGAGGUCGAUGUCGACGCGACGCUGGCUGUCAUCGCCGAGACGGAUAGGCUCGAGUUGGAGAUGGAGGCCGGGAGCACUUAUCUGGACACGAUUAAGGGCGUCAAUCUGCGCCGGACCGAGAUCUCGACCGGCGUGUAUACCACGCAGGUUCUGAGCGGGAUUUAUCUUAUUAACUACGGGACCUACUUUUUCGAGCAGGCGGGAUUGCCGACUCAGAGCGCGUUUAACAUGGGGAUUGGGUUUUUAGCUGUGGGCUGGAUCUGCACUGUCCUUUCGUGGUUCCUGAUCGCCCGCUUUGGCCGAAGGCGCAUUUUCAACGUAGGCCUAUCAGUUCUCAUCGUUAUGAUGUUCAUAAUCGGUAUCCUUGACAGCAUCCCCGGCCGACCUUCAGGUGUUGCUUGGGCCGAAAGCUCGCUCAUGCUGAUUUGGAACGGGGCAUAUGACAUCUCAGUCGGGCCAAUCACUUUCGUGAUCUUGGGAGAAUGUUCCGCGACGCGUGUCCGAUCUAAGACGAUCGCCGUAGCGACAGCGGUGCAGGCAGUUUUUGGAAUCGCGAUGACGGUUGCGAUUCCGUACAUGAUCAAUCCAGCCGAAGCGAAUAUGCAGGGCAAGCUGGGGUAUUUCUAUGGCGGACUAGGUGUUCUCUGCCUUAUCUGGGCGUAUUUUCGGAUCCCCGAGACGAUGGGUAGGACGUACGAAGAGCUGGACCUUCUGUUUGAUAGGAAGGUCCCUGCGAGGCAGUUUAAGGGGUACCAGGUAGAUAUUGCCGCUGUGUCGGCCGAAUCCUAG